CUAUCCGCCGUCUACCUCUCUCUCUCCCGCUGCCGAUGAGCGCCUGCUGCUACCUCUUUACGUCCCUGUUCUCAGAGAGCGGUGAAACUCCAGAGUAGCCUGCAGCCUCAGUCACAGAAACUCGGGUUUAUUUCAACUUUACUGCCAGUUGUGCGUGUGUCUGGACGUACAAGCUUUUUGUUAGCACACCGAAUUAACCGACAGUGACUCCGUAUAUACGCCAGCGGUCGGAACUUGAAUUAUGACGAUGAGCGAAAUGGGAGGAAAGUCGUUGCUAGCUUACUGAAGUUGGAGGUUCUCCUUGUGGAAGAGAAAGAGGUGGCGGACACCACGAGUUCACUCUCACAAUAAAAGAGUGAACCUAUCCUUCCAGCAGACCGCCCCCUUUUGGCUGGGUUAAGAUGAGUAUUACCAGUGACGAAGUGAACUUCUUGGUCUACAGAUACCUCCAAGAAUCAGGUUUCUCCCAUUCAGCAUUCACCUUUGGCAUUGAAAGCCACAUCAGCCAGUCUAACAUCAAUGGAACACUAGUGCCCCCUGCAGCUCUAAUCUCCAUUCUGCAGAAGGGGCUUCAGUAUGUGGAGGCAGAAAUCAGCAUCAAUGAGGAUGGUACUGUAUUUGAUGGUCGGCCAAUUGAGUCAUUGUCACUCAUUGACGCAGUGAUGCCUGAUGUGGUACAGACGCGGCAGCAGGCCUUCCGCGACAAGUUAGCCCAACAGCAGGCUGCCUGCGCCAUGGCAGCGUCCACCUCUGGAAACCAGUCUAAUCCACCAAAGAACGGAGAAGCCACUGUCAAUGGGGAAGAGAAUGGCACUCACAACAUGAACAACCACAAUGAGCCCAUGGAGAUGGAUGUGGAUGUCGAGAUACCAGCCAACAAAGCAACUGUGCUUCGAGGCCAUGAGUCGGAGGUGUUCAUCUGUGCCUGGAACCCUGUCAGUGAUCUGCUCGCCUCGGGCUCAGGGGACUCCACUGCCAGAAUCUGGAACCUCAAUGAGAACAACAACUCCAACUCCACCCAGCUGGUUCUUCGCCACUGUAUCCGAGAAGGUGGCCAGGAUGUCCCCAGCAACAAAGACGUCACAUCACUCGACUGGAAUAGUGAUGGGACGCUCCUGGCAACAGGUUCAUAUGAUGGAUUUGCCAGGAUAUGGACAAAAGAUGGAAAUCUGGCAAGCACCUUGGGGCAACACAAAGGGCCAAUAUUUGCACUGAAGUGGAACAAGAAGGGGAACUCGAUUCUCAGUGCUGGCGUAGAUAAGACGACAAUCAUUUGGGAUGCACACACAGGAGAGGCCAAGCAGCAGUUCCCUUUUCACUCAGCUCCAGCACUGGAUGUCGACUGGCAGAACAAUACUACCUUCGCCUCUUGCAGCACAGACAUGUGCAUCCAUGUAUGUCGCCUUGGCAACGACCGGCCUCUUAAGACUUUCCAGGGCCACACAAAUGAAGUUAAUGCCAUUAAAUGGGAUCCAUCAGGUAUGCUGCUUGCCUCCUGUUCAGAUGACAUGACCUUAAAGAUUUGGAGUAUGAAGCAGGAGUCAUGUGUCCAUGACCUCCAAGCACAUAGUAAAGAGAUCUACACUAUCAAGUGGAGCCCCACAGGCCCUGGCACGAGCAACCCCAACUCCAACAUCAUGCUCGCCAGCGCCUCUUUUGACUCAACAGUACGACUGUGGGAUGUCGAGCGGGGGGUUUGUAUUCACACACUGACAAAGCACCAGGAACCUGUCUACAGUGUGGCCUUCAGCCCCGAUGGCAAACACCUAGCCAGCGGCUCCUUUGAUAAGUGUGUCCACAUUUGGAACACUACGACUGGAGCUUUGGUGCACAGCUACAGGGGUACCGGUGGCAUUUUUGAGGUGUGUUGGAACAGCACUGGGGACAAAGUUGGUGCCAGCGCAUCUGACGGCUCGGUAUGUGUCCUUGAUCUCCGGAAAUAGCAGACUUGACUUUGGUGAAUCCUGGAAUGUGCAGCAAAUUGCCUUCUAUUCUCACAUCAGCAAACACUCUCGUUGCUCAAGAAGGGCUGUAAGGUGGAGUGAAACGUAACCGUCACAUGGGUAACACCAGACGAUUGCAGCAGCUUCUGUGGAGCCAGCACCAACUGAAUUCAGUGCACCUUACAGUUUGUUGAUGUGUGUUUUAUCAUGCGCCUAUUUGAGGCAUAAUGGAGGCCGGUUAAGAGAUCCCCCCAAGACUGGACUAAAUCCAACUCCCUCGGUGCAUCCGUGUUUUAAAAGUUUUCUAAUGAGGAAGCAUUGUGAUCCCUUUGGACGGCUCGUCCAGCUGUUGUCGGGGUAAGAGGAAAAACACACAACAGGGUUUUAGAAGAGAAAAGUGUUGAUGGGACGUGUGUGUUUGGCUGUACUAGGCAAGAAAUUCUGUAACAAAGGGUGAGGUUUAAGAAUUUCUUUGGGCAAAUGUUACAUCAUGUCCAAAAGAACCACCUGGGAACAUGAGAAAAGUAACAUGAAUACUGAAGUACUGAUAUUGUCUGUCGACAGGGUGCUUAACUUCUCCUCAGUGGAGAAUAGUUUGUUUCAAGAGUACUUCUGCUUUUUUUGUCUGUUUUCCACAGAUGGACUUUUGAAAGUCAAACCUGAAUGUGUCGCUACAAGGUAGUUCUUAGCUCAAGUUUAACAUCAGGGCAACAAAAGAAAAACCUGCCAAGAAAUAGUCCUAACCUCUGAAAAUGUCCUGCUUAAUUCAGUCGAGAUUAGAAAAUGUCAUUUUGUGGACAAGAUGUGAAAAGUGUGGUUUACAAAGAGAAUUUUCUCCCUUUUGGAUGUAAAUUUAAAGAAUGUAAAGAUAUGUAAAUUAGAUUAAUACACAGACUUAUAUACUGUGUAUAUAUGUUUAUAUACAGUAAACUUUAUUGCCAUCCUGAGGGGGCUCAUUAAUGGCUAAAGCUGUCACAUCUGUGCUGAUAAUUGAUGGAUCAUCUUUUUUUUUCUUUUUUUUUUUAAAGUGCGUGUUUCAUCAGCUUCCUUUACUGUUUUGCUACUGUCAGCCACUCAUAACCAGCACAUCAUGUUAUCAUUUCGAGUCUGUUGCAAAAGGAUUUGAAGGAGAUUUCAGUAACUUUUCUUUCCUCUAUUAAUUGCUAAAAAGCUUCCAAAAAAAGUGUGCACCUCUUUACCGGCAUUCAGGGAAUUAUCUGGUCAACAGGAGAGGAAAACUCACCUCACUGUCCCACAUGUAAGAGAAGAAUCCAGACCUAAGCGGAGAAACAAGUUUGCCUUUUCGAGCAUCACCAUGGUUUCUCUUUGGCACUUUCUUCCGACUGAGCUACUGAAAAUUCAGAGCACAUUUUGACCAGAAAGUGUAAGGUCAAGCAAAGUCCUGCUGUUGCUUAGAGCUAUGAUUGAACUCUUGUUACGUCCCACUCAAUGCUACCAGCUGAACAGACUGUGUCACGUAUAUAAUGUCUGUAAUGUGGGUGAACGUCAGCGGUGUGUCUACCCUCUGCUUACUCAGAUAUGUAAAAUGAAAGACUAUCCUCAACUAACAUGCCACCACUUUGAUUUGCCUUUUUUUUUUUUUUUUUUUUUUUUUUUACUUUUCAUUCGGUUUCUUUUAGAGCAAUAUUAAGUGCACUUUUUGUCAUGGCAAGUUUGGCAAAUGUUCAUAUUUUGCUGAAAGUGAAGGGCCAAGGGUUUGUUUGUGUCUUUUUGUUUAGUCACAAUUGUCUGUUUAAGGGUGGAUCUUUGUUUUCUGACGUUUUCAUUUGCUGAGAGCCAUUAUCGUCUGUGUCAGACUGAGAAUUGGGCUGUUAGUUGUUAGCCAUCAUCGUGUGCUGAGGAGCCUAGUAUGGACUAAGUGCUGUGACAGCUAUUAUCUCCCCCUUACCCUGGUCCAGGGUGUGGACACCUGUUUCCAAGACAAAAUGUUGAAGUCAUUCAGUGUCUCAAAUAAAUCACUCUAUUUUGAUAUCUGAAAA